AUGGCUAAUGCGCAUUUCCACCGUCUCCACCAGCAAUACCCACCCGCCAACUCUGUCUUCUGUAUCAUUUGUGAGAACACGCCCAGUGUGCUCUGUCCACAUUGUAGCUUGCCCACUCGUACUCAUCCACGCAUUUUCUGGUGCCUCCCCGCCCCUCUUGCCUUGGCCAAGCUCCACUCCUACAAGAGUGUUCAGUGUUGUGUGUCCACCGUCCCCGCGCUGACCUGGCCACCCUGGGCUCCGAGCGAGGACCCGCUGGUGUGUCGGAAUGGCGAACCCGUUGGCAAAAAGAGGAGGGAAAAGCUCGCAGGGCCUUGGCCCGAGCCUGGCGGCCGCCUCGCCUCACGCCGCGAUGUCCUGACAGCCAGUCCGCGCGCGGGGCAGGCGUUUCACCACUAG